AUGGAAGCGCUGGGUGUAAUCUGGGAAGUUGCUAAAAGUUUGUUCAGUUGGACAAAAGCACAAGCUACCUAUGUUUAUAAGUUGCAGGAGAAUCUGGAAUCAUUGAUGGAAAAAUGGGAAGAUCUUCAAAACAAGAAAAAGGAUGUACAAAUAGAAAUUGACAGAGCUGAGAGCACAGGAGUCAUGAAAAGAACAAAUGAAGUGAUUGGUUGGCUACAUAAAUUUCAAAAACUUGAAGAGAAAAUAAAAGAUAUUCCCAAUUCUCAAGAAGUUCAAAGUAAGCAAUGUUUGAACGAUGUUUCAAGCUACAAGUUAGGGAAAACAAUUGUUAAGAGGCUUAAUGACGUGAACGGCCUGCUUGCUAGAGCUGGUAAUCUGCAGAUUGCUCUGAAGCAACCACCUAAACCUAUAUAUGAGAUGCCUUCUAAUGAGACUAUAGGCUUAGACGUUAUGGUCCACAAAGUAUGGAAUUCUCUUAAGGAUGACACUGUUGAUGUAAUUGGUUUAUAUGGAAUGGGUGGGGCUGGAAAAACAACCCUUAUGAAAAGAAUUCACAAUGAAUUAGGAACGAGGGACCAUAGUUUUGAUCUAGUGUUGUGGGUAGUGGUUUCUAGAGAUUUUGAUAUCAAUAAACUAGUGAAUGACAUCGGCAAUAAAUUAGGAAUUGAGGAAGGUUUUUGGAAUAGAAGUACUCAAGAACUAAGAGUAUCAAAGAUUUAUGACCGACUGAAAGGAAAAAGGUUUUUGUUGAUGUUAGAUGAUUUGUGGGGAAAACUAGAACUAGAAACAAUAGGAGUUCCAGCUCCGAAAGAAAAUAACAAAUCAAAAGUAAUGUUCACGACACGGUCUGAAGAUGUGUGUGGUAAAAUGCAAGCUCAGAAGAAACUCAAAGUGGAAUGUUUAUCAGAUGAAGAAGCAUUUGAUUUGUUUUGUAAGAAAGUAGGUGAUGAGACUUUAAAAUGUCACUCAGAGAUCCCAAAGCUAGCGCGUGAAAUGACUAAAGAAUGCAAAGGAUUGCCGCUAGCCUUAAUCACUGUGGGAAGUGCCAUGGCUGGAGUGGAAAGUUUUGAAGCUUGGAUGGUUGCGAAAAAUAAUUUGAGGAGUUCUCCUUGGACAGCCUCAGAUUUAGAGGAUAAAGUUUUCCGUAUCCUCAAGUUUAGCUACGACAAACUUCCAGAUAAGGCACAUAAAAGCUGCUUCUUGUACUGCGCACUAUACCCAGAAGAUUAUGAAAUAUACAUUGAUGACCUUAUUGAUAGAUGGAUUGCUGAGGGAUUUCUCUGUAAAGAUGAUAUGUGUGUGUAUGAUAUGUACAACCAAGGGAAAUCUGUUAUUGAAAAAUUAACUCUUUCGUGCCUAUUAGAGGAGGGUGUUGAUAUUGAAUAUCACACUUAUCUUAAGAGGAAUAGUAGGACAGUUAAGAUGCAUGAUGUGAUUAGAGAUAUGGCACUAUGGUUAGCUCGAGAUGAAGACAAAAACAAAGAGAAGGUUGUAAAUGAGGGAGAAGUAUUUUCAAUGUCAAAAAUGGAUUCUCAAACAUUGAAUGUUGUAGAGAGGAUUUCAAUAAUAUAUGAUGGAAAUUUUGAAGAAAAUUGGAACCUACCAGCUUGUCCAAAUCUCAUCACCUUUUGCUUUAACAUUCGACAUUGCAUUAGUAAUAAUAAUCAUGAUUUAUCAACAAAAUUUCCUUCCAUGAAAAGGUUGAGAGUGUUGGAUUUAUCAUAUACUGAUUCUGUUCAGAUAAUCUCCCCAGAAUUAUGUGAUUUAAUCAACUUGGAGUUCCUUAACAUUUCAGGAACAUAUGUCCGUAAGUUGCCCAUUGAAUUGAAGAAGUUGAAAAUUUUGAGGGUACUCCUUAUGGAUGAUAUGAAACGUCUAGCAGUUAAAGGAAUUCAUUUGGAAGUGAUAGAAAGUCUUAAACAAUUAAAAGUGUUUAGAUUUAGUGUAAGUAAAUCAUAUGAGUGUAUAAUCUAUAGUGUACAAUUCGAGAUAUCAUUACUAGAGAAGCUGGAAUCGUUACCAAAAUUGGAGGAACUGAGCAUCCAUUUAACUGGCACCACUAGUAUGCAGAGACUAUUUCACUCCACCAAAUUACGAGGUUGCUCUAGACAUCUUAGGCUUAAUUUGGUUGAGCUAGGCACACUUGAAAUGUCCACAUUAUUAGCCUCCAUUUCAGAAUUAACUCAUUUAGACGGCAUACUUCUUUCAAAGAUACACUGCCUCAUGGAUGGUCCAUUGGUUACUGAAAAAUGUCAUCUUGGCAAACUUCGACAAGUGCGCAUACAUUUUUGUAAUUCAAUUACUCAUUUGACUUGGUUGACGUAUGCCCCACUUCUCGAGGAUCUUUGUGUUUUUAGUUGUAAUUCAAUUGAACAUGUGGUGAAGGAAGCCAAAGAUGAAGAAGAAGCUGGCUCUGAAUCUAAGAAUAAGAGUAUAUUUACAAAUCUUAAAGAUCUUUGCCUUGAAAGAAUGCCAAGUCUAGUGAGCAUCCACGAAAGAGCUUUGGCAUUUCCUUCCCUAAAACGUAUUCUUGUAACUGAUUGCUAUGAACUGAGAAAGCUUCCUUUAAACUCCAGCUUUGCUUCCAAUAACAAAUUGGUUGCAAUCCAAGGAGGGUCUGACUGGUGGAACAAUUUAGAGUGGGAUGACACAAUUAUUGAACGCUUACUACGUCCUAAAGUUCUACAAAUUUAUGGAGCAUACAGAGGCGCUCUAGGUGGUAAGUAUUGA